AAAUCAUCUGUUCAGUCAAACAGCUGGAAGAAGAAGAUGCGGCGCCUGGUGCGAAAUUGGAAUUGCCGACUGUUACUCAACGCCAAAUCAGGCCAAAGAGUUGUCCGGCAUGGCAGUGUCCAGCAAAAGAUCGCUUCCCAGGAGGACGGAGCGGACAGGAAUGGAUUCGGUGCCAAACACUGUAUGAGCCUAGUGGAGAAAUAUGACUAUGAGAACUACCUGUGCACCCUGUUGCUGCCCCGGGAAUUGCGACGAGCUGCCUUCGCCCUGCGGGCAUUCAACGUGGAGGUCUCCAGAUCGGUUAGCGGACAUCAAACCGAACCACAAAUAGCAAAACUGCGCCUCAAGUUUUGGCACGACUCCAUAGACAAGUGCUUCGAAUCGGAAUCCCAACGAUCCUAUGUGGAGGAUCAGCCUGUCCUGCGAGAACUGAAGCACACGGUGGGCAGUCGCAAGCUGAAUAAGAUUUAUUUACGCCGCCUGGUCACAGCACGAGAGCGUCCGACCAACCAGGGCUUCGAGACGAUCCGCGAGCUCGAGGAGUACGCCGAACAGACCUUCUCCUCGCUGCUCCUUCUGCUCUUGGAGGUGAGCGGAGUACGUGAUCUGCAGGCGGACCACGCCGCCUCCCACCUGGGCAAGGCCCAAGGCAUCGCCACCCUGCUGCGUGCCAUACCGCUGACGGGACGUCAGCAAGCGGUCUGCGUGCCCCUCGAGGUGCUCGUGCGGCAUGGCGUUAAUCAGGAGCGCAUCAUUCGCGGCCGCAGCGAGGACAAGGGCGUCGAGGAGUGUAUAUUUGAGGUGGCCAGUGCCGCCAACACUCACUUGAAGCUUGCCAGGCAGCUACACGAUCAGAUGUCGCCCCAGGUGCGCAAGAUUUUUCUUUCUGCCGUUGCCACGGAUGCAUAUCUGGAGCGCCUGCGUCGCGCCAACUUCCUGCUAACCCACAAGAGCUGCGUAGGACGCGACUCCAUGCUGCCGGCACGUCUAUUUUGGAAGUCACUGUUUAAUCGGUACUGACAUUCGUUGUUUUAGUAAAUAUGUAACCUAGGCCGAAUGCCGUAUUGUUGACUAAUUUAAUUAAAGAAAACAUGCUUUCCGACUUACUAAA